AUGAUUUGUGGAAUCAAGCCUGGGAUUGUUCUUGAUGAAACAAACUAUGAUUUGUGGUCACAAAUCAUGGAGAUGCAUAUUGCUGAAAAAGAAAAAACCUCCUUUUUUAUGGGAAGGACAAGAAAACCUACCGAGGAAGAUCCAAGAUAUGAGAAGUGGCACACAGAUAAUCAAAAAGUCAAGAGAUGGUUAUUGAUGUCUAUGUUACCUGAAAUCAUGAAGAGAUAUAUUCGGUUACCUACUGCUAGAGAGAUUUGGGAUGCAUUAUCUAAAGCCUUUUAUAAUGGAGAUGAUGAGAUGCAGGUAUUUAUUCUAAAUCGACGAGCGUUUUUGGCAAAACAAAAUGGCAGAGCACUCUCAAUUUAUUAUGGAGAACUAACUGAAAUAUUUGGAGAUUUGGAUCAUCGUGACAAGGUAGUUGUGGAGAAUUCUAAUGAUAUUGAAGCCUAUCAAAAAUCAAUUCAGCGCCUAAGGGUGCAUAUAUUCCUUGCUGGAUUAGAUGAAAGUUUUGAACAGAUCCGUGGUGAAAUCUUGAGAAAGGAUCCUAUUCCUGAAUUGGAAUCAUGUUAUGCACUCGUUCGUCGUGAAUCUGUUCGACGUACAACGAUGACAAAAGAAUCGGAAGAAGUUGAACCUGCUGCUAUGGCAACUCGAAAUCGGUACAAUCAAAAAGGGUCUUUUCAGAGAUACUCAAAGACUUAG